AUGGUCUCGUCGUCCGCCACCGCCUCUAGGGCGGAUCGGCUUCAGGCCUUCCUCCGGUCUCCCGAUAUUCCCGCCCCUUUUUACACCAACACCACAACAGAUGACAACCUGAUCACAGUCACCACGCAGUUUGAUAUUCUGUAUCACAAGUACUUUCCUGACCGCAAGCCGCUGUUUCUCUUGCCGAAUAAUGAGUGUCAGCGGCCAAAGAUGAUCUGCUCGUUUGUGCGGCCGACUUUGCUGCCGUACGACGAACUUUUUGACUUGGAGGGGACCUGCCAGUUUGUGGCCGACUACGUGCGCUACGAGCCUCUCUACGAUCCAUCCAUUUACGACGACGAGUACGAUGACACAGUGGAGCAACUCCCACAGCAAAUCGUCUCGCCUGCAACGGCGCUGGACUGGCAGGUUGGCAACUGCUUUGAAAUCUCUCUCGUGCUCGUCUCUAUUCUGAUUGGCGCCGGAUUCAACGCCUACGUUGUCGUCGGUUCCGCAACCAAGGCUGUUUGCUUGUCCGAUCAGAAGAGCACCAUGUGGGAAGGCGCUCUGCCCACGGAGGCCAACUCCGAUGAUGAAGUGGAAGAUGACAUGCCACAAAAUAACCCGUAUGUGGCCCUGAUUCCAGAGAAGCUGACACUGCGGCUGACGACAGAUCCCGACCCAGUAUCAGUCAGCAAGAAAGACAGCGUCAUGGCCAGUGGCGGUGACUAUCCCAAGGACACUGAAACCCCAAAUGUGCGCGGCGGUGCCGUCAAGCCGAUUCACUCCUGGGUGCUCGUCCUGCCUGGCGGCAGGCAGUCCGUCUCCAAGGCGGUUUUUGUGGAACCGUCCACGGGGCAGCUAAUACCCUUCUCUGCCACAGACAGUCGGUACACCUCGGUCGAGGCGCUCUUCAACCACCAAGACUACCACGUGAACAUGCGACCUGAGGCUCCCGUGAGCUUCCUCUCCCCUGACUUAGCCGACCAAAGCCAGUGGGAAAGCCUCUUUUCGUGUACAAACCCUAGCGACGAGGAGGUGGAGAGCCUCGUCGGUACCUCCUCGACGACACGGCGCGCCUUCACAAACGAACUGGUCGCAACCACGACCGCCACCACAGUGGCCACGACCGAAGUAUUCGACUCGUCAAGGAGCCGGCGCAUGUAUAUUCCCAAUCUGUGGUCGAGCGAGCUGAUCUUGAACCGCCAGCAGUACGAAAGCCGCUACCCCGGUGGAUACAAGGAAACCACGUACGUCAACGCCGUAGUGCGCCGCUACGCACCCUACUCGCAGAGCGACUAUCGAAUUUUGGAGGUGGUAGUGCCAGACGCCGAGUACGCCGAGUUGCACGAGACACACGUCUUCUACGCUCACCGCGCCGACAAGCUCCGCCGCACCACUGUCUUUCCUUCAUCCGCCCCACAGUCGUCUUCCAAGGAGUCCUUCAUCUUAUCCGGUCUGUCAUCGGUAUCACUGGAGAAGGCGUCGGAAGGACCCCGCAAGGUGAUAGAGUGGUACCAGAAGGGCCGCAUCCACAACACGUCUGUCGAGGGCCUUCGGGAGCUCAUCUACGAGCCUGGCAAGCAGCGGACCAUGAAGUUCUACUGGAGAGCGCGCAGCGACGGUCUGUACUGCCGCACGGAGCUGCUGUACGACGUGAGCACGCUACGUAAGGUGAAGGAGUUCUACAAGGGACGUAGCGACCGACUGUGGUACCGCAGCUUCAGCUACGGCUUCCCGUCCACGAUGCGUGAGAGGGACAUGCACAGCCUCAUCGUGCAGGGCCCUGGGAACGUCUCAGCAUUGCACGUAUACCCACGACUGGAUCCGGUGCGCAUCAGUCAGAAGUUUCUACGCAAUGAGAGUGUGCCGGCACGCAAGGACGUGGCCAAGAUGACCUUCCGACGCCCUGCGUCGGAGGGGAAGAGUGGUGGCAACAACGGCGCCCCCACGGUGGGGGAGAUAUGGGUAUUCUUUCACUACGACGCGGGCAGCAUCCUCCGUCCAUAUCACAUGUUCGCAAAGCCGUCGUCCUCGGUGGAGGAAUACAUCGCCGCCUCCGCUGCGGGCAAGCCGGCAGAGCCGCCGAUGCGGGUGGUCUCUCUGCCCGGCGAGGAGCCGCCAAGCGAGCUCGAUCUGUACAAUGAGCGCAAGUGGCUGAAUGCUGUGGAGGUGGCGUGCCUGAUGGAGCAGCGGGCGAAGUCAGACGAGUGUAUGGAUAUUCUCAAGAGCAUCGAACAGGGACACAGCAAGCCACAACACGUCCUCAGUGUGUACGACACGCUGCGCAAUAGACCGAAGGAGACGGAGGCGGAGCGCGCAAAGAAGCUCGCCGAGGCAGCCCGUCGCGAGGAGUCACGCAAGGACUACCUUGCCCCCUACAUCGCCAAGCUCGAGAUGCCGGCCGACUUCGACGGCAACUAUCUCAGCGUCCCUUUGUCGAUGGAGCAGGCGAGGCAGGUGAGGGACGAGGCGCUGCAGGAGCUGAAGGAUCGGCUCAUCCAGCGAGGCCACAUUAUGCAGAGCCGCAUGGACAAGGAAAAGGUGGAAUUCAGCAAGCGGCAGCAGCUGUACCGCAAAAACUGCGAUGCAUCAGCGCUGGAGGGCGACAAGGAGACCGAGGCCUUUGCCCUCUACUGCAAGGAGGCGACGUGGCGUAUGAAGGUGCUGGAUGAGCGGCUGCUCCAGCACAUCGAUCAUGCGAGUGAAAAGUACAAUCAACUGGCCCAGCGACUCGCCGAAGACCCGCGUCUCUCCGCCUUGUACCACCCGGGUCACUAA